UGGGCACAAAAAAUCUGAGGAUGAACAUGUUCAGUCUCUUUCCCCUUCGCUCCUCCACAUACUGAUUUUUACUAAAGCUCCUAAUUCUUUCUGGCUAGAUCUUUGAAGCUCUGUCUCUCAAAAGCUCCUUUAAGGACCUCCUAUAUGGUAUGUUUUUGUCUAUCAUUUGUAAACACAAUACGACAAAGAAUGAUUUUGGUUCGGUGACAAGGGAACCAGCUAUUUGCAUGUCAUGAGGUCUAAGGGAAACAAACUGACCCUCAGCCUUCUUCUGCAGAGCCAAAAUCUGAUGGGACCCUCAAAUAGCUCUGGCAUGCUAUUCUGUUUAUUUUGGAUUUAAUGACUGCUUAUUUCUGUGAAAGCUAAUCUAAUUAUUUUCUCCCUUUAUUUUGCUACACAAGUCAUAAGAAGCAGCAGCUUGAAACCAAAUCUGAAGAACCAAAAGAUGACAAGUAAUCACUGCCAUUACUGCAUGGAAUCCCUUCUUGGCAGGAGGUAUGCAUUUAGAGAGGAGAAUUCUUACUGUGUUACAUGUUAUGAUGGCCUAUUUGCUAACUCCUGUGAAGAAUGCAAGAGGCCCAUUGAAUGUGAUGCCAAGGAUCUAGCCUAUAAAGGCCGCCACUGGCAUGAAGCGUGCUUCAAGUGUGCCAAAUGCAAUCACUCUUUGGUGGAAAAGCCUUUUGCUGCCAAGGAUGAGCUCUUGCUGUGUACUCAGUGUUAUUCUAAUGAGUAUUCAUCAAAGUGCUUCCACUGUCAGAAGGCCAUUAUGCCUGGUUCUCGUAAAAUGGAAUUUAAAGGAAGUUGCUGGCAUGAAGCCUGUUUUGUUUGUCAAUACUGCCGGCAACCAUUAGGAACAAAGCCUUUGAUUACCAAAGACAAUGAGAAUUAUUGUGUGCCAUGUUUUGAGAAGCAGUUUGCUCACCACUGCUACUCCUGCAAGAAGAUGAUAACUACUGGUGGAGUGACCUACCACGACCAGCCAUGGCACAAAGAAUGCUUUCUGUGUGCUGGAUGUAAGAAGCAGCUGUCUGGGCAGAAGUUUAUUUCCAAAGAUGACCAUCCAUACUGCCUAGACUGCUUCAGAAAGCUUUAUGCAAAGAAGUGUGCAGCCUGCAACAAACCCAUUACUGCUCUUGGAGGUGCCAAAUUUAUCUCAUUUGAAGAGCGCCAGUGGCACAGUGACUGCUUUAAUUGUGUAAAAUGUUCCAUUUCGCUGGUGGGACAAGGAUUCCUCACCCAGCAAGAUGACAUCCUCUGUCGCGAAUGUGGUUCGGCUGCAUAGUUAGAGAGAGACACGUUAUUCUUGCAUGCUGUAACCAAGUACUUCCUUACCCUGCAGUCAGAAAUUCAUUUAAAGGCCAUAAGAGUUAUUUAGUCAUUCAAGUUGCUUUCCACCAGCAGUUCAAUUCUAUCACAGUGCUCAGCUGCUACAUGCAUGCCUUAUAUCUUGUAAAAAGAUUUUUACACAGUUCUGGUUAAGAAAACAUUUCCAAAGAAAUUUCUAUAUAUAUUUUAAUGGAAAUACAGUAUGUUUGUCCUUGUAAAACAGUGCACUCUGCUGUUGGGAGCUUUAGAAUUUUAUAUUAUAUAAUCCAAGAACGACUAUGAAAAAUCUGUAUUUGGAAGACAUAAUAGAUGACCUCCUUGAAGAAAACUUAUACCAGUACUCUACUGAUGCAGACACUCAGGUGGAAAGUGGUGGUGCAUUCCCCGCUGGGCCACAAUAUUUAAUCUGAACAAUGUCCCCCCUUCUCUCUGUACCUCAAGGCUGCUGGGCAGACAAAGAAGGCUGCCGGCAAAGCAGUCAUUUCGCUAUGUGCAGAAGGUAGGGGGUUGUUGUACAGAAAGGAAAGACUUCUACCACUCCAGAGGGGGUGCUACUUCUCUGCCUUGUAAGACAGAAAGGAGUAGGAGAAAUAGAUGCCCACCAGCAGAGAGAGUCAAGAGUCCACUCCAUGGCCAGGAGGGUCAGGUGAGGGGACAGAAGGCCAUUUCCUCCAUAAUUUACACCACUGAAUACACUAUAGGGCAAUUAAAAAGCUGUAUAAUCUUUGCUCCAAGUUGUAAGUCAGAAUUCCUUUGCACCGCUCUGUGCUUAAUCAAUGACCCACUCACUUUUUCCAAUUUUCUGAGUCUCAGUAUAAUGAAUGCUAACUAAGCAGUUUGCAAAAAUGUGGGGCUUAGCCAAGCAAUUAAUUGUGUGUCCAAAGUUUCAGGUGCAUAUUCGUAGAAGGUUUUUGGAAAAAGUGUCUGUAAAUGACAUUUUCAU